AUGGAUCUUGCAUCAGCCCGUGGAACCAAGCUCAGCGACAUAGUAGUCGAUCACCGCCCUAGCACAGGCCGUGGCAAGAAGCUUACACUUGCGCAAGAGAGUGUUCUAAAGAGACUAUAUGAACAAGAGUUGCCCUCUGUGUCCAAUGCCGGGGCACCACUGAAAGGGUUCUGGGUGAAUCUCGCAUCGCGGUUCAGUGAACAGACCGGUCGCGAGUAUUCAUGGUUGUCUGUUAAGCGGCGGGCUGCCGGUUGGCGUCAGAAGUCUCCGGAAGUUGACCGGCAACUAGAUGUCUCUCAUGCUAGCGGCGUUGGGGCUGAGGCUUCGGUAGCUGGGCCUAGUAAUCAAGAUAUUGGUCGUGACACGCCACGAUACCAGGGUUCAUCCGACAGCGAGAAACCCACGCUACCACAAGCAAGCCCUUCCCCGCAGCUGUGGGAUUCGAAGACCCGGGAGCUGACUCCACUUGAAAGAAGCCGCGGUGUCGGAGACUGGUUGCAGCGCAGUUUGUUUUCAGGCGUCACAGCCCCAAGCCAAGACAAUGAUAGCAAUAUCGAGUCCUCUCGCAUUUCUCAACGCCGCCCCCGAUCAAGAUCUCCUGAUCGUGUAUCGCAGCCUAGAUAUCGUCGUCGAUCUCCUUCACCAACGAGACGCACCAAAAUUGUAUCCAAACGAUUGCACCACCACCUGGCCUCGUCUGAUGCGAUAUUCGCAUCCGGCCCCAACCCUUUGUCCAGCUCCUCGGCUCAUGAAGAUAUGCAGCUUGGCCAGCCGAGUAACCGAACCCCAGGUGGACUCAACCGUGUCCAGGAGUCGGUGGAGGAGGAUGACCCCGAUGACCCCGGUCAUGAUUCGGCAGGAUCUAAGCGUGGAGAAAGUGAACUCAGCAACGGUCUGACUGAAUCCCCGCACCUAUCUGGGCAAGAUGACUUACCACUGGCCCCGGCUCCAAUUAUGAGAAGGCGUGUUGCAAAUGAACGGACCUAG